UUUUUUUUUGUUCGUUACAUCGCUUCCCAUUCAUUCGCCCAACAAUAGAAAAAACCAUCUUCAGUCAAUUCGAGUAUAUAUUCAAACAGCAACAACAAAACCAAUUAGUACAGCCUACACAACUUCAGCCUACACAACUAUAAUAGCAACACCUUUCGCAACACCUAAAGCUAUGGACUCUAUAAAGAAACACGUUAUCAUUAUUGGAGCUGGUAUCUCUGGUCUCGCUGCAGCUUACGAGCUAUCCAAACAUCCUUCCACGAUUCAGGUGACCGUCCUUGAAGCUAAGAACCGCAUCGGAGGUAGACUCGACACGCACCGAAAUCUGUUUUCUGGUGAACAUAGUGAUAUCCCUGUCGACUUUGGGGCAUCCUGGAUCCAUGGUGUCGACCCCUCAAACCCCAUUGUGAGCCUGGCCCAGGCAGCCCAGGUGCGUCUAGAAGCUACGAACAGUGAUGUCAUAUAUGAUCGUCCCGGCCAUAAGGAGCUCGCCCAGGAUGAGAGUAAUCAUUAUUGGGCCAUCCUCUGGGAUAUUUUUGGCAGAGCCAAAGAAUAUUCUCGUGACAAUCGGAAAGGAAUUUCUAUUCGAACCUCCUUCAAAAACUGGCUAUGUCAGUAUCUGGCAACCCGGCAGUCCAGCGACCCAAAACUACCCAAUUACAUGUCAGAGAGAGAACUGAAAAUAGUGCCUCUGUUAGCGCAGUUCUGGGCAGAUGAAAAUGCAAUCCCACUUGACAAGGUCUCUCUCAAGUACAUGGAUGCUGAAAAUAUGCCUCCAGGCGAUCAUUGCAUUGUAACAAACGGUUAUGACCGCGUAUUGGAUACGCUCUGCAAGGACAUGGGUCCUGUCGAUAUACGGCUAGAGCACGUUGUGGAUCACAUUGCAGUCUGCCGUCAAGGUUUCAACAACAAGGGUGUAUUUACUGCGGAUAUAGUUUUGGUCACUCUUCCCCUUGGAGUCCUCAAGUCCAACUCCGUCACAUUUUCACCGCCUUUGCCCAUGAAUAAGCAAACAGCUAUCAAACGCCUGGGCUUUGGCACUAUGCGACAGAUGUUGGCUUUAGAGACUUAUAUGAGCGACCUUGCGAACUACACGUCUUUCAUGCCCAUCCACAAUGCGCCUAUCAUGAUUGCAUACAUGGCUAAUGACUCCGCUGAUGUCUUUGAAAAACUCACAGAGGAUGAAGCUAAAGAGGUACUGAUUUGCCAUCUUGCCCAUUACUUCGACGUUCUCAUCAAGGAUCCCGUUGCCCGAUCUGUUGUCGUCAUGUCGAGUCCUGAGCAAGUAUUAAAGAGAGGAGAAUCGCGUUUCGAAGAACUGGAUAUCAAGGCUUGCGGAAACAGCUUUUUGGGCACCAACAAAAAGGUGAUCGACACCUAUGCUGAAAAGCUCAAGGGCACUGACGGAUUAAGAGUUAUGAAGACACUGUUACCCGUCAGCUUGAUGGCCACAGGUAACUGCCUCAAUCAAUUUGCAGGCCUUCCACAGAUGGGUGGCGCCGAAGGCAGUCAUGGCUACCACAGUAGCAAGAUCGGUGACAAUAAGGUUUUCAACGAUCGAGCCCUUACUCCUAAUCAUGGAUCUAAUAGCCUUACUAAGUAUUCAGUAAAACCCACCGACAAUGCAACCGCCGUUGGGCCUGAUAGUGGCCUACAAAACACUACCUUCAAGCUGAAAGACCCUUAUUCGGUCAUAAAUUCAACAGCGAUCACCAAUGAUACUACCAUGUCAUCUCAGACAUUAAGGCCUCCUUACAACCACUACAGGAUAACUACAGGCAUUAAGGAACAAAAGCAGCAGGCCCUACAUCAGUACCAGCAGCAAAGACAGCAGCAGAAUAGGGCUGUUUUGCUCUCAGAGAAGGACUCCUUGAUCAGCAACAAUAGAGGGGCCAGUGGUUUUUUCGAAGGUGAUUACUUCAACUAUUACCCUGGAUUGGCCAAAAAGAAUUCCGUCAAGGCUGUGAAGAUGAUCGCUGUGGACGAUGCGAUCCGAGGAAGAGUGUAUUUUGCAGGUGAACACACAACCUCAACUUCGUUUGCGAGCGUGCAUGGUGCACUCAUGACAGGACGACGUGAGGCUGCUAAAAUCCUCGCUCAGACAUUUUAAACAAAGUAUUAACCAUUUAGCAAUUAGGUUUCAUCUUUGGCAUGAGAGCAGCACCCCACAAAUAUUGGCUUAUAUUAUACGAUCUUGUCGAUUUUGAUAUUUUUAGUCCAAAUAAAAAAUUAAAAAUUAUUG